CUGACCCGCUGCCCCGUCUUUGGCUGAGCUUGAGCCGCAUUUGCCGGUGGAGGUAAUUGGUUUCCUAUCCAGUUGGGUGCCAAAAGCUCCGGGGCUGCCCAUGCAAGGCGACAUGGCUGCGUCCUCUCACCGGAUAAUGCUGGGCCCGCUGGUUGCUGCUAUCGACCAGGGCACGAGCUCCACACGGUUUUUGGUGUUCAAUUCAAAAACAGCAGAGCUCCUCAGCCACCACCAGGUUGAAAUCAAACAGAGCUUCCCCAAAGAAGGAUGGGUGGAGGAAGACCCCAAAGAAAUUCUGCAGUCGGUGUACGAAUGCAUGGAGCGCACGUGUGAAAAGCUCACCCAGCUCAACAUCGACAUCUCAAACAUUAAAGCGAUUGGAGUGACAAACCAAAGAGAAACCACGCUUGUCUGGGACAAAGAAACUGGGGAGCCUCUUUACAAUGCAAUCGUUUGGCUGGACCUGCGAACUCAAUCAACAGUCGAACGUCUCAUCAACAAAACUCCAGGACGGAAUAAGAACCACUUGAAGCAUAAAACAGGCCUCCCAAUCAGUACAUACUUCAGCGCAGUCAAACUCCGCUGGCUGAUGGACAAUGUCGACCAGGUCAGAGAAGCCGUCUUCUCUCAUCGUGCCAUGUUCGGUACCGUCGACUCUUGGCUUAUAUGGUGUUUGACUGGGGGCAAGUCAGGCGGAGUCCACUGCACAGACGUGACCAACGCCAGCAGGACGAUGUUGUUUAACAUUCACAGCAUGGAUUGGGACCCUGAUCUGUGCAAGUAUUUCGGUAUUCCCAUGGACAUCUUACCCAGAGUGAGGAGUUCUUCCGAGAUCUACGGCCUCAUGAAAAUAAGUUCUAGUCUGAAAUCUGGAGCUCUUUCUGGCAUCCCUAUUUCAGGGUGUCUCGGGGAUCAGUCAGCUGCACUUGUCGGGCAAAUGUGUUUCCAGGACGGACAAGCGAAAAACACGUAUGGAACUGGCUGUUUUCUGCUGCGAAACACUGGAGCCAAGCCUGUUAUGUCCGAUCAUGGCCUUUUGACUACUGUAGCGUACAAACUCGGCCGGGACAAACCUGCUUGCUACGCACUAGAGGGCUCGGUGGCCAUUGCUGGUGCUGUGGUUCGCUGGCUGCAAGACAAUCUCGGGAUCAUUGGGUCCUCUGAGGAGCUUGAGAAGUUGGCAGCUUCAGUCGGCACAUCCUACGGAUGUUAUUUCGUUCCUGCAUUUUCGGGUCUUUACGCACCUUACUGGGAGCCUAGUGCAAGAGGGAUCAUUUGUGGGUUGACUCAGUUUACCAACAAGAGUCACCUCGCUUUUGCUGCACUGGAGGCUGUUUGCUUUCAGACACGAGAGAUACUAGAUGCCAUGAACCAGGACAGCGGCAUCCCUUUGACUCAGCUCCAGGUGGACGGAGGAAUGACAUCCAACAGGUUGUUGAUGCAACUACAGGCCGACAUUCUUUGCAUCCCUGUUGUGAAGCCAUCCAUGCCUGAGACAACCGCCCUGGGUGCAGCGAUGGCAGCUGGAGCAGCAGAGGGGGUGAGCGUGUGGAGUCUGAGCCCAGAGGACCUGAGUGAGGUCACCUCUGAGAAGUUUGAGCCUCAGAUCAACCCUGAAGAGAGUGAGUUUCGGUAUGCUCGAUGGAAAAAGGCAGUGCAGAAAUCGAUGAACUGGGAGACGACAGAGCCGGUUGGUAAUGGAAAUGGUGAAACGAGUAUCUUCAGUAGUGCUCCACUCGGCUUCUACAUCUUUGGCAGCAUGUUGAUGUUAGUCGGUGCUAAAUACCUUGCAGGCUAUAACUGAAUUCUGACUUCUAAAGGCACUAAAGUGGAAAGUGAAAAACAAACGCGCUCCAAUGAUGGACCACCACCUGUACUGUCGGUUGCGCUCGUUUCCAAAACUAAAGGCAUUCCAGGAGGAAAAAAGGAUCCUGCUGAAUCUUCCUGCUGACUGGAAAAACAAGUUACAACUCACCAAUGGGACUUCUUUUUUAUUUUUUUAUUUGAAUGCAUCUUUUUCAGCAAGAGGCAUGUACACAACGGUACCUUUUCUUUUUAGCAGAGAUGUGCUUGAAGUGUUUUUUUUUACUGUUAAUUUCUGAGCUAAUUUAUAUAAAUGCUCCAGCAGUGCUUGUUCAGAUUGUCCCUUCACUGUCGUCAUGUGUAGUUUGCUGUCUGUUUGGCAUAUCUAGUAGUUCAGCACGUCACUGUUCACCUUGUGAUGUUUUAGUGUCCUUGACCCUCCACUAUGAGCUACAAAGCAACUUUUAGCGCACUUUAUACUUUUGUUUUGUCUUGUGGGAUCCCUGUACUAAUAGAGUCUAAUAUAUUUUUUCUAACUAUUGGGAUUAGGGCACUGAAGUUUGGGUUAGUGAAUGAAAACAAGGGAAUGAUAGGAUGUAAGUAAAUGAAAUGAUGAGACGCUCUUGUACAUAUUUUUGUAAAAUAUAAGUUGUGUCGGGCAAUGAUGAAUUGGUGACAAUGUCUGGAUUUUGUUUAUGUUCACACUGAAGAUAUGAAGAAAGGAAUAACGAGGCACACGAAUAUGCGUAUUUCUGGGAAUUUGGCACAUAAACAAUUCUCUAAAAGCUAGAAACAACAAACAAUAUCAGGCCCACUGAAGCAGCUGUUUAAACAUGUAUUUUGUAGACCACAAUUCUGGUCAAAAAAAUGUAUUACAGCAAAACUUGCAAUAUCAAUUCUCUGACCACAUGUUGAUGCUAAUUAGAAGUGGAUUUAACUUCCAUAGUAUGCAGUACAAUGAUCAAAUAAUGCACAAAUCUCUGUCAAAUAAAUCAAAUGCAUACAACUUAUGAGAAGGCUUUAUUGCACUAAAAUGUUAAGAGUUUGGUAUGUUUCUCUGAUUCAAUAAUUUAUAUUCCUAUUUAUUUCAACAAGAGCUUCAGAAAACAGCUCAAAUCAAUCCAGCCAUUUCUUUCGGUGUCCAUUUUUAAGAGUGAACCUUGAGGAAGUAAAACCUGGUCAAACUUUGUAAGUAUUCUCAUUUUUGCUUGGAAUAUGUUGUAUUUGUCUUCUGUGUCAAUCUGGAAGAUUUCCAUUUGGCUGAAGGCAGAACAGAUCAUUUGUUUUAAGAAAUGGUGAGUAUAGUCCAAUAAAAGUAUGAAAUA